AAGAACCAGCGUUAGAUCAUACACGUCAGUUCGUUGAGAGUAACGUUACUCAGCUCGCUACGAACGUCUUAUCACACUAUUUAUAGUUUUUCUGUAAAUAGAAGUCUAUUCAGCCAAAAUGCGUGAAUGUAUUAGUGUUCACAUUGGUCAAGCUGGUGUCCAGAUUGGUAACUCGUGUUGGGAGCUCUACUGCCUCGAACAUGGCAUUCAACAAGACGGAAACAUGCCCAGCGACAAAGCUCAGGGCUCUGACGACUCUUUUAACACGUUCUUUAGUGAAACAGGAUCUGGAAAACACGUGCCUAGGGCAGUAUUUGUAGACUUGGAACCGACGGUAGUCGAUGAAGUCCGCACAGGAUCAUAUCGUGCUCUUUACCACCCUGAACAAUUGAUCACUGGAAAGGAGGAUGCUGCCAACAAUUAUGCUCGUGGACACUACACAAUCGGUAAAGAAAUCGUUGACCUAGUUCUGGACCGCAUCAGAAAGUUGGCAGACAGCUGCACUGGACUUCAGGGUUUUCUAAUCUUCCACAGUUUUGGAGGCGGUACUGGUUCUGGCUUCACAUCCCUGCUCAUGGAAAGGUUGUCUGUCGACUAUGGAAAGAAAUCCAAAUUAGAGUUCUCUAUCUACCCCGCUCCCCAGGUAUCCACUGCUGUUGUUGAACCAUACAACUCCAUUUUGACUACUCACACCACUCUGGAACAUUCUGAUUGUGCUUUUAUGGUAGAUAAUGAGGCUAUAUAUGACAUCUGUCGCCGUAACUUAGACAUAGAACGACCAACUUACGUUAACCUUAAUCGGCUCAUCAGUCAAAUCGUGUCUUCCAUCACUGCUUCCUUACGUUUCGAUGGUGCUUUAAACGUUGAUUUGACGGAGUUCCAGACCAACUUGGUGCCAUAUCCCAGAAUCCAUUUCCCCUUGGUAACAUAUUCUCCUGUGAUAUCUGCUGAGAAAGCUUACCAUGAACAGAUCACAGUAGCUGAAAUCACCAAUGCCUGUUUCGAGCCAGCCAAUCAGAUGGUAAAGUGUGAUCCCCGCCACGGCAAGUAUAUGGCUUGCUGUAUGUUGUACAGAGGUGAUGUUGUUCCGAAGGACGUCAACGCUGCCAUUGCUGCCAUCAAGACCAAGCGAACCAUUCAAUUCGUGGAUUGGUGUCCAACUGGUUUUAAGGUUGGCAUAAACUACCAACCCCCAACUGUUAUUCCUGGUGGUGACUUGGCCAAGGUACCUCGUGCUGUGUGCAUGUUGUCCAACACCACUGCAAUCGCUGAGGCCUGGGCUCGUCUGGAUCAUAAGUUUGAUCUGAUGUACGCCAAGCGUGCUUUUGUCCACUGGUAUGUUGGUGAAGGAAUGGAAGAAGGAGAGUUCUCUGAGGCAAGAGAGGACUUGGCAGCUCUUGAGAAGGACUACGAGGAGGUUGGCAUGGACUCUGCUGAUGGUGUUGAAGAUGAGGGAGAGGAGUAUUAGAUCACGAUCACUAAUUCUCUGAUAUGACGAAGAAGCAAACUUCAAGGGGCAGAACUUAAAAUAAAUCAUGAAAGAUAUGAAAUGAAAAAUAAACACUUUCAAAUUUCA